AUGAAUACGAACUAUCCAUCAAUAAUAUCUGUUGAUCAUGAAUCUAAUCCUCGUCUAUAUGAAACAACUUAUAAUAAUUAUUCACCUUAUACUGAUUAUGCAGCAACAUCAAAAUUAGAAGCAUUUGAUUAUAAUUAUUGGCCAGGAACACCAGCAACACAUAAUAUAUUAACAAUACCACCAACAUCAACAACAAAUCAAAUAAUUGAUCAAAUUCAAACAUCACCAUCAACAAAUCAAACUAUUGAGACACUUGUACCCGGAUCAACUGUACAUUUAUCACAAAUAAAUUCAACAGCAACAAUAUCAGCAACACAUCAUCAUCAUCAUAUUCAUCAACAUCUUUAUCCUGCACCAUCAUCAUCAAAUGAUUCACCAAAUUGGCUUACACCAACUGAAUAUCAAUCACCAAAUAAUUACCGUCAUUAUACUUACACAAAUAAUAAUUUCUAUGAUCAAUCACAAUGGACAACACCACCACCAACAUCAUCAUCACUGGCACCAAUUAAAUUUGAAUCUCCAUAUAGUCCACCAUCAUAUUUUGAAUCGUCACAUAAUAUUGAUCAACCAUUAUCUGAUAGUAAAGAAGAACCAUCGAAUUCAUCAUAUACAAAAUGUCAAGAACAACAAUCAAAUUGGUUUAAAUCACAAUUAACUCCAACGCCACCAAAAAAUCCAGCAAAUGGAAAAACUCGUACACGUGAUAAAUAUCGUAUUGUUUAUACUGAUCGUCAACGAUAUGAACUUGAAAAUGAAUUUACUAUAUCAAAAUAUAUUUCAAUACCACGUAAAGCAGCUUUAUCAUCUGCAUUAGCAUUAAGUGAACGACAAAUUAAAAUUUGGUUUCAAAAUCGUCGUGCAAAAGAACGUAAAUUAAAUAAAAAACGACAAGAAAUAUGUUCAAGACAAUUAAAUAAUUCAACUGAUGCUGAUUCACCUAGUGAUGGUGGUCUUGAAAGUCCGACUUAUUAUCAAAAUUAUGUGUCAUACGAUUUUCUACAACAGCAGCAGCAACAACCAAAAAGUGCCGCUGCCGAGAUGGAUCCUAGUGUACUUUGGUGUCUUGGACCAGAUUUUGAUAAACAAACAGUAUUAAGUUUACUUAGUGAUAAUAAUUCUAUUGAUUCUGGUUUCAUGCAACCCACCACACCUACAUGGUGGAUGUCAAGUCCAUCUCAAUGGAAUAUUUCAUCGAUACAUGAACCACCUAUUUAUACACCUCGUUCAGUAAUGAGUGAACUUGGACCACAAUCACCUACAAACAGUGCUACAAAACGACCAUUUUCUGACGUUAGCAAUCGAACAACUAUCGGUCGAUCAUUUGCUAGCAAUCAACCAACAACUAAACUCGAAUUUUCAACACCAGUACGAUCAUUAACACCUGAUUUGUAUAGUCGAGUACCAUCAUCUAUUAAACGAUCACGUAUUACACCUGCACUUACUUCAUCAUCUUUAUAUGAAACACCACCACCUCCAGCACCACUUCCUCCAGUUGGUUCAACAGUUGAUUCAGCUGAACGAGCUUUGGAAAUUGCAUUGUUACUUAAAGAACAUCCAGAUUGUACUUGUGUACUUGUUACACUUAUUCAAGAAUAUCAAAGCCGAUUUCAAAAACCACUUCAUGCUCAUUUGGAACAACCUUAUUGUAUAAUACAUUGUCCGAAAAAUUUUAUUGUUAAUCCUGAUCUUGAUUUACCUUUUGUUCAAAUUCCAUUUAGCUUAUUUGCUGAUAAUAUUCGUCAAUUAUUAACUCAACACAAUGGUUCAAUGCCUUUAGCUAGUUUUCCUCAAUGUUAUAAUCAUACUUUCGAACCUUUAUAUGAUCACAAUGAAGGUGUUCCACUUGAACAUUAUAUUUCAUGUAUCAAAGAUAUUCAAAUUGUGACUGGACAAGGAGUAAUUAAAAAAGUUCAAUUUUCUAAUACACCAGGUUUAUCGUUUAUGCCAACAACGUUUGACACUUCUAAUAUGCAUGUCGACAUGUGUGCUGAAGUUCAACAACGUUUACAACAAUUUUCACGUGAAGUUCUUGAUUUACUUAAAAAUCAAGGAUUUCAUUGUCGUUUACCUGUUUCGAAAUUUGUUUCUGCUUAUCAUCAAUAUUUUAGUCGACAAUGUCGUGUAGCUGAUUAUGGUUUUUCAAAAAUUAUUGAUCUUUUACUUGCUAUUCCAAAAUCUGUUCAAAUUCUUGGUGAUGGAAAUAAACGUAUUAUGACAAUUACACAUCGUUGUCAAAUGAAACGAUUUACUAAUGAUAUAAUUCGUAUUUUAAAAAAUAAGCCACAACGAUCAAUGUCAAUCAGUGAAAUUCCUAUUGAAUAUGAAAUUGCUUACAAGAAACCUUUUUAUGUUGCUGACUUUGGCAUGUGCUAUUUGGAAGAUCUUGUAAAUGAAGUUAAAGAUAACAAAGAAUUAGUUGUCGAAGCGGAUAAACAUAUUAUCAAACUUUAUCGAAAAGAACGAACUGAUCUCGAAAUCUAUGCAACACGUAAUUUUGAAAAAGAUGUUAUUGAUAUGCUUCGUAUUUUACCUGAUUUCAGUAUACCAUUUCAAAAAUUUAUUCCAUCAUAUCAUCAUCAUUUUGGUUAUCAAUGUAAAGUACAAACAUAUGGAUUUUCUCGUUUAAUUGAUUUACUUGAAGAACUAUCGCAUGUUGUAAAAAUCAAUGAAGAUAAAAACGGUGAGAAAAUUGUUCAAUUAACACCAAGUAUGAUGGCACAUGCAAUUUUAUUAAAUAUUGAACAAUUGGUUCGAAAAUAUCACGGUCCACUUAGAAUACAAGAUCUUCAAGCACAAUAUUUACAAGUUUAUCGAAAUGAAUUAAAUCCAGAAGAUUUCGGUGUAGCUAGUAUUGAAGCAUUACUUCUGACGAUGACUGACAAACUUGACUUUCAUUAUACUGAAACUGACAUUAUACUUGCAAUGAAAGAACCAAGUCCAGCAACGAUUCAAUUAGCUAAAAAUGUUAUUCUCACAUUAAUGUUGUCUCAAUGUCAAUUAUCAUUUUGGCAAUUAAAACAAGACAUGCUUGUUCGUUUUAAACAAGAUGUUACUUUGAAUAUGUGUCGCAAUGAAUUACGAGACUAUGUCGAAGUGAUCGAUCAAACAGUCCGUUUGACUCCACCAAUGUGUUUUGCUUACAAUGUAGUACUGCUUCUUAGUCCAUGUGACGGUCGCAUGGCUUAUGAUGAUUUUAUUGUCGAAUAUCAACGUCGAACUGGUUCAACACAUUUACUUUAUCCAACAGAUUAUGGUUUUCCGACAAUGCCACGUCUUUUCGAUGCUAUUCAACUUGUUGCUCAAGUUCGUGGUCGACGCAAUUUUAAAAUAAUUAUACUCAAUCCCGAGUUUCGACUCGGAGGAUAUACUCAACCAACGCCUUUUACACCAUCCAUGACACCCUUCUAA